GAACUUUAUUAUUAUUAUACGGUCGUCAUCAUCAUCGCAUUCCAAGUUCUUCUAACGGUAUUUAAGCGAAACUGAAAUUUUAUUGAGUAUGUUUUCACUUUCAAUGACGUCUCUGGGGUGUAAAUGAAGCCUACUGCUGGUAAUUGAAAUUUGUAUAUCAGAUUCUUUACCAGGGUGAUGCAGAAGCAAAACCCUCCGGAGUCAUUGAAUUUAACAAUUUGGAUCAUCGAUAUCGUGUUGGAUGGGCCACAUAUGCCGACAAGGUACCUCUUUGGAAUUCUAAAACAGGAGAGCUCUCUGAUUUCAGUACCCGUUUUGCCUUCACCAUCACCAUGUCAAAUGCUUCUAGUUAUGGCCAUGGAUUCGCUUUCUUCCUUGCUCCUGUUGGGUCUGAAAUCCCACCUAACUCAGCUGGUGCUUUGCUAGGCCUUUUUAACACCACAGACAAUGUCUCAGCUCUGGGUCAAGCUGUUCUAGUGGAGUUUGAUACCUACAAAAAUAGUUGGGAUCCUGUCGGAGUUAAUAACCACGUGGGGAUCAACAUUAACUCGUUGACUUCGGCCAAUUACACCUCUUGGAAUGCAAGCUUUCACAAGGGGGACACUGCAGAUGUAUUGAUUUCUUACAACGCUACUACUAAGAAUUUCAGGGCUUCUUGGACCUACCAGACAACUAAUAACCCUCAAGAGACUUCUAGUCUUUCUUAUCACACUGAUCUUACGAAGGUUCUACCUGAAUGGGUUAUGGUUGGAUUCUCAGGUUCUAUAGGCCUGGCUAAAGAGCAACAUAUCCUUCAAUCAUGGGAGUUCAAUUCAACUUUGGUAAGAAGAGAAACGAAGGGAAGUACUGCAAGAAAGACAACAAUAGUAAUAAGUGUUGUAGUACCUGUGGUUGGUUUUAUGGUUGUGACAGUUAUAACAUAUAUCAUGUUCCGAAAGAGGAAAAGGAAAACAGAAGAGAGAACAAACUUAACAACAUCAAUGGAUGAUGACCUUGGAAGAGGAGCUGGACCAAGAAGAUUUUCUUAUUUAGAACUUGCCUAUGCAACCAAUAACUUCUCAGAACAGAGGAAAUUGGGUGAAGGAGGGUUUGGUACAGUGUAUAGAGGUUACCUGCCUGAUUUAGACUUGUUGGUGGCUGUAAAAAGGAUCUCAAAAGGGUCUAAACAAGGGAAAAAGGAGUAUGUAACUGAAGUGAAGACCAUCAGCCAGUUAAGACAUCGGAAUCUGGUACAACUAAUCGGUUGGUGUCAUGAUCAAAGGGAGUUCUUGCUCAUCUAUGAAUUCAUGCCAAAUGGUAGCCUUGAUUCCCACCUCUUUGGCAAAAGGGCUCCACUUUCAUGGCCUAUGAGGCACAAAAUAUCACUUGGAUUAGCCUCUGCAAUUCUCUAUCUUCAUGAAGAAUGGGAGCAGUGUGUGGUACACAGGGACAUCAAAUCAAGCAACGUAAUGCUGGAUGCUAGUUUCAAUGUUAAACUUGGUGACUUUGGGUUGGCCAGGCUCAUGGACCAUGACCUAGGUCCCAGAACAACCGGGUUGGCUGGGACUUUUGGCUACAUGGCUCCAGAGUAUAUCAGCUCAGGAAAGGCGAGUAAAGAAUCGGAUAUAUUCAGCUUUGGAGUGGUAUUGUUAGAGAUUGCUACUGGGAAAACAUCAGUGGAUCUUAGUAAGAAAAGUGAAAUGGGAUUGGUAGAGUGGGUUUGGGAUGUUUAUGGGAAAGGAGAGCUUCUUGCAGUUGUCGACAAUAAAUUAAACAAGGAUGUUGUGGAGAAACAAGUUGAAUGUUUGAUGGUUGUUGGACUGUGGUGCUCUCAUCCUGAUAGUAAUUCGAGACCCUCAAUCAAGCAAGCCAUUCACGCUCUGAAUUUUGAGGCAGAAAUGCCAAAUCUUCCUACGAAGAUGCCAGUUCCUAUGUAUCAUGUACCUACGACUUCAUCAGCCACUUCCGCAGAACCUUUACUAACUAAUUCAAGCCUGGAAACGGGUCGUUAGAACUUGUUUACCUUCCUGCUUUUUCCCCUUUUCUCUUUUUUUUUUCUUUCUCAGUUUGUUCUGGGAUAAUCUACUUCAACCUUAGCCACGAGUUGGGAUAGUUUCAUAACUAUCAAAUCACCAUGCAAAGCUUGUAUGAUGUUCUUAUCGAGUUAAAUUGAAACAUUUCUUAUAUCAA